CACGCGCUUUUUAGCCCGGAAGAUCACGGAACCCCCUGUUAUUCGCGGGGGCGGAGAUAAAGAUGGCACAUCGACCUAGGCGCCGUUACCAUAGUGACAGCGUAAUAACAGGUCGCCUCAACGGCGGGAGCUGCUUAUAAAACAAGGAAUUCAGGGAUUAUUACACGACUUUUGAGGACUGGAACGAGCCAGGAUGUCGAACGACCUCGCUGGAGUGUGGGAGGUGGCUCUGAGCGACGGAGUCCACCGGAUAGAGUUUGAACAUGGCACGACCACAGGGAAAAGGGUCAUCUACGUCGAUGGACAGGAGGUGCUGAGACGAGACUGGAUGUUCAAACUGGUUGGGAAGGAGACUUUUAACGUGGGCCAGGCAGAGACCAAAGCAACCAUCAACAUUGACGCAGUCAGCGGGUUUGCAUACGAGUACACGCUGGAGAUCAACGGGAAGAGCCUGAAGCAGUACAUGGAGAACAGAUCCAAGAUCACCAGCACCUGGCUGCUCAACCUGGAUGGCACAGACUGCAGAGUGGUCCUCGAGAAAGACACCAUGGAUGUGUGGUGUAAUGGAGAGAAGAUCGAGACGGCAGGAGAAUUCGUGGACGACGGCACCGAGACACAUUUCAGCCUGGGAGACCACAACUGCUGCGUAAAAGCCGUGAGCAGCGGGAAGAGACGAGACGGGAUCAUUCACACUCUGCUGGUGGACGGCACAGAGAUAGCCGAGUUUACCGAGUGACUCGCUGUGAGAGCACAGAUCUGGCUCGUGUUUGCAUCCGACCGAAACGACUCCAUUAAAACUAGUGUAGACAUCCAUGCUGGGCAGGGUUAAUUAGCCAUACAUGUGGUGUUGUGAUGAAUAAAGUAGCACCAGAUGUUAGGAGGCAGGACCUGUAAUCAGAGCAGAUGUAGACACGGCGCAGCUUUAAACGAGUCACCUUUACCAGCUCACAAAGUCUACACUGGAAAAUCUUGUCCUCAGUUAAAGUUCAAGCGUGCCACCUUUACCUCAGCCACACAAGGUUUAGAGCUUAAUGUUCUGAAAUUGUUCCAGUGAGUUUAAAUGUUGCAUCGUAACAGAAAGCUGUUUAGUUGUCGAGUUAAACCGUAUUUUAACAGUUUUUUAGCUGCUGUAGAUGCAUUAAAGCUGUUUUAUAGACAAUCAGGUCAGUAAUGAUGCAAUCAGACACUUUCAGAGCUGCUUCCCAUCACCUUAAUAUCCAUCAGACAGAACGUAAGAUCUUUUCUCCUGUGAGUUUUUGUCUUCUUGCUGAAUCGGUGGACUGCUGCAGUGCCAGUGGGAACACGAGGGUUGAUCUUUUGUAAGUCGUGUGUAAAAGCUUCACAUCUGUGACGUUGUUUAUCUGUAAAUUUAAUUUUAAUGACUGUGUGAGCUAUAAAUGUGUUGCAGAUAAACAGAUCAGACGUUU